AUGUCUAUGAUCACAGCGACAACAUGGGUGCCGCGCGGAUUCGCAGCACCCUUUCCUACAAGAUACCAAUUCGACGAAGACGAAUACGAGCGCAUUUCAAAGCUUGCGAACCUGCAGCUCGAGGACGCCAAGGAAGAGCUCGAAGAGGCGCAAGCUGAAGAAAAGGCCAAGAGCAAUGGAACUUCGAGUAAGGCUGCGAAGCAGGAGGACGAGGACGACGACGACGAUCUCAAAGAAUACGAUCUCGAGCAUUACGACGAUGAAGUCGCGCAGGACCAGGGCGAUACCAUGGCCAUGUUUGGCAACGCAAAGAAUCUAGUCUACCACCAGAACGAUGAGGAUGACCCAUACAUCACCAUGAAGGGCGGAGACGAAGAAGACGAAGAGGACCGAGAAGAGCUACAAAUUCUAGCAACCGACAAUCUUGUAUUGGCUGGAAGGAUAGAAGACGAGGUGGCGCAUCUGGAAGUCUAUGUCUACGAGGACGAGGACGACAACCUCUACGUGCACCACGACAUCAUGCUGCCCGCCAUCCCGCUUGCCGUCGAAUGGCUCGACCUGCCCGUGGGCAAAUCUUCGGAAGCAAGCGAAGGCAAGGGUAACUAUGUGGCUAUUGGGACCAUGGACCCAGACAUCGAGGUCUGGAACUUGGACGUGGUAGACGGCAUGUACCCUGAUGCCGUACUAGGACAAGGUACCGAAGAUGCCAAGGGAGACAAGCCCAAGAAAAAGAAGAAGAAGAGCAAGAAGGCCAACGACGAGUUUCACGUCGACUCAGUGCUCUCCCUUGCAGCCAACCGUCACCACCGCAACCUCCUGGCCUCAGCGUCGGCGGACAAGACCAUCAAGCUAUGGGAUUUGAACACGACAAAAUGCGCAAAGUCAUACACGUACCACACAGACAAGGUGUGCUCCGUGGCAUGGCACCCGGUCGAGUCGACUGCACUGUUGAGCGGUAGUUAUGACCGUACUGUUGUGGCGGCCGACAUGCGUGCGCCCGACGCAAAGGCGCCACGAUGGGGUGUUGAGAGCGACGUGGAAAGCGUGCGGUGGAAUCCUCACGACCCUAACUACUUUUAUGUGUCCACGGAGAAGGGCAUGGUGCACUACCACGACGCUCGCAAUGCACCCAAAGACCCUUCUGCGUCAAAACCUGUGUGGGUCCUACAGGCCCAUGACGAGUCCAUCUCGUCAUUCGACAUCAAUCCGGUGAUCCCUGGUUACCUGGCAACGGGUUCUACGGACAAGCAGGUCAAGCUGUGGAACGUCCAAGAAAGCGGGCCCAGCAUGGUGGUGUCGCGAGACUUGGGCGUUGGCAAAGUAUUCUCGACAUCAUUUGCCCCUGACAGUGAGGUGGGCUUUCGGUUAGCCGUUGCCGGCAGCAAGGGCGCGGUGCAAAUCUGGGAUACGAGCACCAACGCGGCGGUGCGUGCAGCGUUUGCAAGCAAGGUGCCGGCAGUCAGAGGAGAUGGAAAGGAGCGCCUCGUGGGUCUGGAGGAGCAAGACACGGACUCGGACUCGGAGGAAGGGGAGAGUGACGACGAAGGCGGAGAAGAUGGGGAAGACAAGGGAUGGGAGUCGAUGGAGGAAUAG